AUAAAAUCAUGUCUUUUUAUGAACUUAUAGAAAAAUUCUAUGAUCCUUAAAUUUGUAAACAAAUUCAAGAUCCAAGAUUAUUGCUGAUCAACAUAGCUUCUUCUUAAAUCUUAAAUGAAAAGAAAUUCUAUGCAGAUCAAGACAGAACUAGAGAUGAACUAUUUCAAUCACUUCUACAAAUUGCUGAUAAAGAUCCUGAAUUUGUUUUAUAAGUAGCAUAUUACACAAGAAACAAAUUAUUGAUUCGAGCCACAUCUAAUUUCAUUUUAGCUUUUGCUACAUGUUAUGAUUCUUGUAAACCUUUUUGUAGAAAAUACUUUAACUAUAUCGUAAAAUUACCGACUGAUUUAAUUGAGGUAGCUGAAUACUCAUAAUUAAUGCGAUAUUACUUGAAACUUGAAUGGGGGGGCUUUUAAAAUGGAUAUCAAAGAUCUAUACCAUAUAGUUUAAAUUGUAGAAAAGAAUUAAAUUUCUCAAAAAUGCUUUAAAAGUGUGGAGCAAAUAAAUUUCACUAAUUUACUCUUCAUUAAUUAGCCAAAUAUUGCUCAGACAGAAGGAGAAAAAGAAUUAUCUAUAGAUUUUCAGAAUUAGUUGAUCCAACACUCUUUAUGAAAAGGUACAAGAAAAGAGCUGAAAAAAUUAAAUUUAUGGAAAAAGCUUAGAAAAAAUAAAAAUAAAAAGUAAUUAAAAAAUAAGACAGAUAAAAGGCUAAAUAAAUAUAAAAGUAAAUACAAAAGAAGUUAAAGUUUGGCAAGAAAAAGAGAGUUUUAAGAGCAUUAGAAAGGAAAUUUAUUACAAUGAAAGAUAUUAUUUAAAUGUUUCACAUUAGUUAGCCUAAAUAUAAUGUUAUGUGUAUAUUGAGAUGUCGAUACCCUAAAAACUAAGAUGAAUUUAAGCAGCUAUUUCCACAAGAUGAAAUUGUUUUUGAAUAGGAAAAAUGUGGAAAGAGAAUGAAAUUACCUAAAAUUAUUACUUGGGAGAGAGAAUUGAGUUAAGCUUAAAAUGAUAAAGUUUGGGAUAAGUUAAUUAAAGAGAAUAGAAUAACAUAUUUAGCCACUAUACGAAAUCUUAAAAAUAUACUUACAGGUUAUCUAUCCCCGAAAGCAUUCACUUUGUUAUAACAAUUUUUAAGUAAUACAUAAAUAAUUUAAUCAAAUAAGAUUACAAUGCUAUAAUAUUAUAAGGCAUAAGAAGUACUAAUUUAGAUGAAAAAUGAAAGAGCAAACAUAAUAUAUAAAUUAUUAAAUAAUGCCAUUAAUAUAACAAUUAAAAACUUACCUACAAUUCCAGGAAAAACUCAUAUUUUUGUUGAUGUUACUGGAUCAAUGAGUUAUGAAUUAGGAAACAAAAGUUUAUAAUCAGUAGCCUUUGUAGUAUCAUAAAUAUUGAGAAUGAAAUGUGAGUAUAUGGAAUAUUACAUUUUUGGAGGUUAAAAAAAUAAUGAGCCAUAUCUAAGAGUAAACUUUACAGAUUAAGACCUUUAUGAAUCGAUUUAGAGAUGUGAUAUGGUAAGAAGAUAAAUUGGAAAUUAUUAUGCGAUGAUUGGUUAAACAAUUGAAGAUUUGUUAUAUAAACCAAAAAUAUUUUGCGAUAAUAUUGUAAUAAUCUCAGACAUGGCAGUUUAGAAAUGUUUUAGAAAAGAUAAUAUUAGUUUUGAGUAUCUUUUAAGUUCUUAUAUUCAUGAAGUAAAUCCAAGAGUAAAAAUAUUCUUUAUGGAUAUCAGUGGUUCUGGAUUUUAAAUAAGUGCUAAUUAAAAUUGCCAUUUAUUAUCAGGUUCAAGUGAAAAAAUUAUAGAAUAUAUAACAAUUUAGUACUUAGACUAAAUUUAAGAAGUUCUGUCAUUUUCAAACACAUUGGGAAAUUAGUAAAUAUUAAAAAUUGAAUGA